UGAUCGGUAAUAAAUGUGUAUUGCACCGAGAGCAUGACAUUAAUCGGCCAUAUUUGUUUAUUCCCCUGACGUACGAGGGAGCAAACUAGUGUUUACAAAUCGUAAUUUACAGAAUUUGUCUUCAUUUUUGAGUAAUUCAUUCAUUUUAUAGUGUGGUGACAAUGUUAUUCUGCGAUUUGACAUGAUGAAAUUAGUAGAUGUUUGGAACGCUACCUUGAUUUAGGAAUAAAGGACAUGUGAAAAUCUUGUUUUGCGAACAUUUCCUGCGGUUUCCCAGAUUUCAUUCCCCUCAGCUUCGCUAUCAUUUAGGAAAGUUUGUUUUGUUGUCAUUAUCAUUGGACAGUUUAAUCCUCACGACGGAUUUCUUUAAAAGAUUCGCGUUUUCCCCUCCGCGCUGCCAGCCAAUCAUUAUAGAGAUGGGGAAUACGUCUCAGAAAGCCAGACACACUUCAGGAGACGAUUCAGGUCCAUCUUUGACAGCCGGAAGGUUCAUUGAUGCAUCUCAGUAUGAUGGUGAUUAUGGAUAUGGCUAUGGACAAGUGCAACCAGGAUACCAAAGGAGAGCUAGAGCGGCGACUACAUUAAGUCAAACUGACAAUCGUGAGAAGGAAGAGCGACUUCUACCCACAGUGUUUAAAUGGGAAGGUGGUGGCAAAGAAGUGUUUGUCUCUGGCAGCUUCAACAACUGGAAAACAAAAAUACCUCUCGCAAAAAGCGAUGAUAUACAGGACCGUGAUCAUAAAACAACUGUUCAUGGCGAUUUCUACACAAUUAUUAACCUCCCGGAAGGAGACCAUCAGUAUAAAUUUAGUGUGGACGGUACCUGGCAGCAUAAUGCCAGUGAGCCUUCUACAUCAAACAAUCUUGGUACGUUAAAUAACAUAGUGACAGUGAAAAAAUCCGACUUUGAGGUGUUUGAAGCACUUGCAUUAGACAGUGUCAAUACAAGUUCUAAAAGUAAACAAACAACAGAGUUAUCAGGGUCACCACCUGGUGAUUACGCCCAGGAAAUCCCGGUGAGGGCACCUGGAGGGAAACAGAGUGGACCUCCUAUCCUACCUCCACAUUUACUCCAAGUUAUACUAAAUAAAGAUACCCCAGCACAUUGUGAACCAACAUUGUUACCGGAACCAAAUCAUGUGAUGUUAAAUCAUUUGUAUGCGCUUUCAAUCAAGGAUGGCGUCAUGGUAUUAAGUGCAACACACAGAUUUCGUAAAAAAUAUGUUACUACACUGUUGUAUAAACCUAUUUAGCUGUGAUAUAUAUAUUAAAUAUGUAAUGUUUUAUGUAAACAUCAAAUUCUAGUGACAUGAUUAAAUUGUGCACAAGAAUUUUGUGUAAAUAGUAUUUUAAAAUUAAAUGGACAAAAAAAUUUUUACAAAUAUUAUCAUAAUCAGAGAAGGUGAUACCAAUGUUGUUACUUGUUGAAUAUUGGAUAGCUGUGGACUGAACGUUUAGGGCAUACGUCUAAUCAAAUACAGAAAACCAGUAGAAGAUAGUAACUACACUUUAAGGUCAAAUUAACUGGAAAAAAAAUAAAAAUCGGGAGUUGAACGUGGAAGCAACAUUGUGAUUUGAUUUCUUUGUGAGUUUCUUGGAAGAAACAAUUUAAUUUACUAGUGGGAAUUGUGAAGAGAAAUUUCAACACUAACAUGUAGAAGAAAAAGGCACAGAAGAACGUAUAAAUGUUUACGGUUUAAUGGUUCAAGUCGGUAAAAUUCAGGUAUUUGGUUGUACAAAGACAUUUAUAUAAAUAGGUAGUGUAAGUGUUUAGGAGGUGCAAAUGUUAACAAAUUUGUGAAUGAGGUUUACAUGAGAGACAAUAUAGUAUUGUUAGUAUGACCAUUGAAUGACUUUAGUUAUUUUCUGAUGAAUGGAAUAAUGUUAUAUUGGUGCAAUUAAGUUAAGAAGCAUUGUGCUUAUAUCUAAAAGAAAAGUUGUUGGAUUUCACUAGGUCAUUCAUUUUAUACUUGUUGCUACCAGAUAGACUUCAUUUGUCUCAGUAGUGUUUACAGGUUUUGAUAUAUAUGCUUUCCUACUAGCAUAUAACAUUCAUUUCAAUUGAAAAAAAAGGAAUUUCUUCACGGAAAUAAAGGACUAAUAAUAACUAGAGUAAAACAUUAAUUAUCAUAUUGAAAAUAGGAUAACUUUUAUAGAUUACUUCUUGAAAUAUGAUAUAUUUUUUUUAGAUUAAUUUCACUUGUUAUAGGUUAAUUUUCGUAUGUUAAUUAUCUCAAGACAUAGGACAUUUUUCAUAGAUUAUCACUGGAAAUAUGAUAAUUUUUUAUAUGUUAAUUAUCACAGGGUAUAGGAACAAUUUUAUAGAUGAAUUAUCACCAGACAAGGGAUAAAUUUUCAUAAAUUAUCACUAGAAAUAUGAUAAUUUAUCAUCAUCAGACAUAGGAUAAUUUUCAUAGAUUAUCACCGGAUAUAUAUUAUUUUUAAAGAUAGAUUAUCACUGGACAUGGGAUGAAUUUUAUAGAUAAUUGAUAAUUUUAAUAUAAAUAGACGAUUAUGGACAAAAUAUUAAGGUACUGGUAUAUAGAAUAAUUGUUAAUAAUUAGCAUUACUUGUAUAAAAAAUGAUUUGAAUAAAUAAGAGCACCCAUAUUGUUUUGAGACUGGUAUAUUGAAAAGGCGUGUGUUUUUGGGACAUCAUCAACUAAUUGAAAAGAAAUGCAAUGCCAAACAGUUUUAAAACAAAUCAAAUACUGGAUGGAAUAAAAUGUUUUUGAAUUGUUUGUUGUGUGUACAUGAUAUAGAUUGAAAACAGAACUUUGUUGUCCUCUAUAUUUACACUUGAGUGAUAUAAUGGAUAGUAUAUGAAGGUAAAGCAAGGGAGAUAAUUGUGAUUGUAAAGUGAGUACAUGUUAGUCUGGGCUUUUUAUAAUCAUCGACAUUACUGCCAUUGUUACUUGUUAAGAUACUAAACAUUUCCAUUGUUUUAUAUUCGACAUAAAACUUUUUACCUUAAUCUUAAGAGAAAAUGGGUGUGAUCUAGUGUAUACAUGUACAUCAGGUAAUUCAAUUUAGUGUACAGGAAAAUAUAUAAUUUUGUUGUAAAACAUAAUUUAAGUGAUGGAUAUAUGUUCAGUGCGCCAUAAUUAGAGCUUGUACAUAAUUUGUCCCUGUUAAAUAGAUCAAGAUUUGCUAGUUUAAAUGAAUAGGCGAUAGGUCAUUAAAAAAAACCCAUUUUGAUUUUACCAUUGAUUUAUAUAUAUAUAGUUAUGUUCAGUUGUACAAAAUGUAAACAAUGGUCUAGAUAUACACAGGCUAGAAUACCCCCUCCUUAAUUUAGGUUUAGUCGCACUUCCUCCCUAGUGGUAUAGUGUAAUGAUUGUUUUAUACACACCCAACCAGACCCCUCUCCCCGCACUUAGAGAUAUUGUCCCUAAUGGGCUAGGCCUCAUCCCUACCCCCAGGGUUUGUGUAUACCUAAUUCAAGACAAGCUAGAUUAUACCUACCUUAAAAUGCCAAUUUCUCUGUUUUAAAUGUCAUGUCUGCUGGUAAAUAUUAUAACAGAUACCCAAAGGUUUAGUACUGUAUAAAUUAAUAUGAUUCCAAUUAUGAUACAACCAGUGGGAUAAAAGAGUAUUGUAUGGAUAAGAUUGCACCCAAAUUCAAAACUACCUGGGACAAUUUUUGCCAUGUCCAUCUGUUAUCUGUAGAAAUCUAUUAAUGAUAAUUAUGAAAUUCAGAUUUAUUUCUGUCAAAAUUUUUCUUUCUUUCUUUCUUUUUAAAUCAUACAUUAUGUUGAAUUUACUUCAUAUUCAAACACUCUAUGUAUAAGGAGUACUUGCUUUUAAUAUUGUGGGGUAAUUUAAAGGAUCCUAUAUUUUUGUUUUAUUUUUGCAUGUUUUAAUGUGUUUUAUUGUCCAUCCAUAAUGCAUAUUCCAGUAUGUAAACAUGUACAUAGUUUAUUAUUAUAAUGAAAUUGGAUGUGCAUAAUCUUGAAGUAUUAUCGCCCAUUUUUCAUUAACUUUUGAAGAGCUCAGUUAAUUUAUUUCAUGUUUAGAAGAUUCAACUCUUGUUUUUUUAACUUAUAGCAAUGUUACAUAUAAAAACUGUAUUUUAUUUAAGUUUCCUUCGUCUUUUUACUCUCCUCAUCCUGUGCACUAAAUCCCUUUUUAAGUUCUUGAUGAUUUCAUGAUUUUCCAUGUACAGAUGGGAAAUAUUUUUAUCCUUUUUGUACAAGUAUGUUAUUACGAUUUUAUGUAGAGUUGGGAAUCUAGAAACGUAAUAUUUUAUAUAAACAUUUAUCAUCGCAAGUGGAAACAAACAACACUUGUUGAUACGUCUUUUAUAAUCAAUUGAAAUUCAAUUAAGAUGAUGAUUAACAUGUUUACUAGCUAAGUAUAGUUUUUUCUUUGUUUUUUUUUGCUUUUGCUUAUCUUGCAAACAUUUCCUCUUUUGUUGUGCAAUUUUGAAGUAUGUUCAAUUAAUCAAUACAUUUUUUCCAAUUUACUUAAAAAAACUAAAACCCUAUAUAUAUAUUUUUUGUUAAACAUUUUUUUUUAUUAUACAUUUGUAUUUAUAUAUACUAAUGAUUUUUUUUUGUUGGAAAAAACAUGGGUAUGACACUGUAUUGGACUAUCUGUAAUUGGUAAAAGAUUUGUAUGUAUAGAUUAUUUUACUUUUCUAGUAUGAAAUACUAAAGUAUCAAUUUGUGUUUUUUACUGAUAAUUUGAAUCUUGUUCUGAUAAAGCAUACAUUCAAAUUGCAUUCAGUUGCUUUCUUGAUGAAUAUAGUAUUAGGAGCAUUUUAGAAAAAAGUUAGAUUUUUUCCAAAAUCACAUUAAAAGACCUUUUUCCGCUUUAGAACUCUUAUUCUAAGCAAGUUAAUAAUGUUUAAAUUGAGGCCAUUUUAUAUGUUGUAGAUCUCUGAUCAAUGCUUGAAAUGUAAAUAAUUUUACUUUUAUAAAAAUUAUCAAGGUAUUCAGUAUGUGUCAUUGCACUGUACAUUAAAUAAUUAACCCAUAAGCUGCAGAAUUUAUAUAAUGAAUUUACCCAGCUUUGAAUUUUGAACCAUUCAAAGUUGAUGGGACUUAAGUUAGCAAAAAACAAUAAUAGAGCUACCAGCAGUAUAAAGCCUGGUCAGACUACACAGAUGUUCAGACUGGCCUGGCUAUAUACUGGUGGCUUAGUCUAAUACUUUAGCUCCAGCAGCAGGUUAAGGGUUAUGAAACUAACUAAAAUCAAACAUUGAAACCAUAGAUUCAGCAUUCAGUUGUAUAUAUGAUCAAUGUUUCGCUUGUAAAUCAGUGUUGAUGUUUUAUUGACUGUUAAGUAAUAAAUAGCUGUAGGCAGAAUAUAUCACAUCAUUCACUCCUUUUUUUUGCAAGUUUCAUAUCAACACACUGUAUGAUGAGAUCCAUUCUAAUCCACUGAAGGGAUAUCAUAACAUUUGUACAGGUGUGAUUAUUUUACCUAUGUUUUGUAUGGUUUGUUAAUUUUGAUGUAUUUGUUUAACAGGAUAUGCUUGCUAGUGUUUUUUGUAUCUGCAUGUUUGUUUACAUUUACUUACUGUUUGAUUCAUCUUCUCUGUGCAUCACACGCAGUUAUCUUAAAUCCUGAACCUCCUCAAUUUGUGUAAUGGACCUUCCUUACUUUGAACUUGAAACAGUCCAUUCAAAGAUAAAAAGGAUUUCAUUAUCAAUAUACAGAACUUGGGCAGUAUAGAGCCUGGUCAGACUGCAUGGAUAUACAGGCUGGCCUGGCUCUAUACUUGUAACAAAGGUUUAUCACUUUCUAUGCCAACAGAUUACGGGUUAAUUGCUAUGGUAAUGUCAUUCAAAUGUCAUGGAAUUAUUACAAGCUGAAUAGUAAUGUAAUAUUACCAAAGUUGAAUAUUUUAGCUUUUUCAGCCACAGAUGACGUGAUUUGCCAUCAAUUAAUUAUGAACUAUUAUUGUAAAUAUUAAAAUAUUGAAUAAAUAUUGGAAGUUUUUUUCUUUACUUCUAAAGUAAAGUUAUAUAACUAAGAAAGUACAUGUAUGUCUAUGCCAUAUUUGAUGAAUCAAACAGUUUGCAAAUUUUGCUUAUAUUAAAAUUGUAUGAUUGAGGAAGUCACCUGGAAGCUUUCAUGGUAUUUUUUAGAUGGAAUGAUAUUCAGUAAUACAUAAAAAUGGAACACUUCUGACAAUAUACAUUGUCUGUUAAAUACUAAGAAUAAAUAUAUGUAGCAAUA